CGAUAGAUAGCCGGAAGGUGGGUGUACUCGUUAGUGUGCGAUCCCGCCUACCGUCCAAUGCGGUGGCUGGUUUCCCUGGGGACUCCCUAGCCUCUCACAGCCGGCUUUUGUCGUCGUCGUUGUCCCUUCUCUCCUUCCACGUACAGCCAGCACUCUUUCGCCUUCAGGAGGAGGACGUUGGUGCGUCGCUUUUGCAUCGUGCGCGAUAAUAGUCACCACCGUGGGUUCACCGGUUAGUACGCGUUUAUACACUCAACCGUGUUCCUCGAGCGGCUGGUCGCGCGAGACCAAGAGCCGAUAGUCAGUCAGUCUUUCCGAUCGAACAGUCGUGAUCGGAUCGAUUUCUUCCUUCCAGUCAAGGAUCGUCUUUCGCGUUCCGACCGCGAUACUUCACGCCUGACGCUUAUUCGCUAGCGUGUCCCGUUCUGCUGCCGUGGAUUUUCCACUUACGUUCGAGUUUGCAGGAUUUUUCGCAAUUUACCAACGACGUUGGAAAAUUUCCGAAAGUAAGCUAACGAUCCAUCGAUAUUUUUAGCAUCGACUUUCGCGGGCAUCGUCGUCGACUUUGAUCCGUUCAUAGAUUAUAAUUAGCAAUCGUGAUUCGAUAUUGAACAGUCAGAGAUGGAGGACAACUAGAGAAUUGGCUGGAAGCGUGUUCGAAUAACGUUGACGGAGUGAAGGAGAGUUGGUGGACUUGUACGGACAGAAGAACCGAUCAAUGUUGUUAAUAUCGACAGUCCCCUUGAUUGCUAUUUGGCUUUGCUUUGGUUUUAUAUUGCUGUCAGACUGAAUAAACCAGAAAGGGGGAAAAUCGUAGAAGUUGUUGAAAAUCGUUGAUCGACUCUGGAACAGUUGAGAAGAGAAGCGCAAGAGGAAGUGCAGUGAAAAUUUAGUGCGACUGAAGACUUAAUCAAUGUUUUUCAAUCUUCGCAAGUUUCCUAUUGACUCGUGCAUUGGUUAUAAUCAAUUCUCGUUGAUUUAUUAACCAGUUAUCGAGAGAACUGAAAAGAAGGGCACGAUUGAUUAUUUUUGGAGCAUUGGUAAUAGAGAUAAAGAAGUGCGAUAAAGAGUAAGCUAAUAAGAAUCGAGAAAAUGGAUUGACAAAUUGGUCGAGGGUGCUAAGAUGAUGGCGAAUGAACUCGAGUACACGAGGGAUGACUGAACAGGAAGAACACCAGGAUGUUGUUUAAGGGAAACAGUUCGAGAUUAGAGCUAUUGAUAGGAAAAAUUCAGGCCCACAAAGAACCUUCUCGAGAUGAACAAGCCAAAUCGAAAGAGGCCUUGGGCACCGGAAGUUCGUCAUGGCAGAGCGAGGAUGGCGGUGCAAACUCGCGACGUGGCGGAGAGACGCCGUCUUCUUGUGCGACGCCGACAUCGGCGAGCUUCCCGUCGGAGCCCGAGGUCGACGCCGACGUUGGUGUCAACGCCGACGGAACCAACGCUACCGCACCUUAUCCUUGUCAAUUCUGUGACCGCACAUUUCCUCGACUUAGCUACCUGAAGAAGCACGAACAGCGUCACUUUGAUCAACUUCAUCGAGGAUUGAUAUUAGCUCUUCACGGUUCGAUGUCCAGUGUAAUUUCUAUUCUGAGCCACGGAGAUCAAAUGCCAUACAAAUGCAACUGGUGUGCCAGAUUGUUCAAACAUAAACGCAGUAGAGAUCGACACGUGAAACUUCAUACAGGAGACCGAAGAUAUCGAUGCACGCACUGCGACGCUGCUUUCUCCAGAAGCGAUCAUCUGAAGAUCCACAUGAAGACUCACGACACCCAGAAGCCGUAUCAGUGCACAGCAUGCUCCAGAGGCUACAACACAGCAGCCGCUCUAACAUCUCACAUGCAGUCUCACAAGAAACAAUCCCAAGGAACUGCCAGGCUUCAAGACAUUGAUUAUGGUAGAAGAAGCGUGUCUUCUCAUAGUACAUCAUCUCCGCCAGUACCAAGCUCCCCAUCGCCAUCUUUAAACCUUUUGUUGAAUCCAAAGGCUGGCUUAAAAAGUUCCCAAGGAAGUGCUUCGACGACUCCAAUUUUGAGUUCACCGUUGAAAUUAGCCUGCAUGUACUGUACCAGAGAUUCCUUUAGUUGCAUGCAACAGCUGCAAAUGCACGUGCAUACUAUGCAUCAGGCUAUCCUUAGUGGAGAAACUGUUGCAGUAUCCCCAUCAACAAAUAGAACCAACGAACAGAUGAGUUAUCAACGUGAGAAAACCCUGGAUAGACCAGAAGGAUCAUCCAAAGAACAGGAAAGAAAGUAUCAGGAUGAUUCAGAGAGAUCUAUAGAGAAAGAUCACUAUGAAAAUACAUUUACAUGCAAUCAGUGUACUAUGAAGUUCUCUACGUUAGACUCUUUGAGAGAUCAUCUGAUCUCAAUUCAUAGAACCGAUGGUUUUAGUUCUACUUUAAUGAUGUGCCCUCUCUGCGGCAUUCCUUGUGCUUCUGCAGCAGCCUACGCGGAGCACUAUGUCCUCCAACAUUGUGAGAAUCGAAGAGUAGAUCCAUUGGAGGUUAAAAGUUAUAUAGAUUCCAAGAUGAAUGGAAGCAACGAAACUAAGAGUCCCAGGAAUCAGAAAUAUAGAGAGCAAACUUCUUCUGAGCCAGCUGAUUUGACCAACAAGCAUUCCACCAGUACAGUCAGCAAUUAUACAGCUGGUACGCUAUUUUGUGGACAAUGUAGAGCUGCACUGAAAGACUUCGAGUCAUUCAGAGAACACCUAGCUAGACAUCUUCAGGCUGAUCAUAGAAAUGACGUUAUUAGACAUCCUUGUCCAAAGUGUGAAGCCACUUUUCAAGAUAGGGAGAACAUGUUGGUACACUUGACAAAGCAUUAUUUGAGUCAGAUUAGUAAAGAAUAUGCUUGCGGUGCUUGCAAGAAGCUGUAUCCCCAUCCGGACCUCCUCCAAAGACAUUUACUUGACAGCCAUGCUCAUCAUCUCUAUAGAUGCGCCCUGUGCAGAGAUACUUUCGAUUCUAGAGUGGCAAUACAGGUCCAUUUCGCUGUAAAACACAGUCAAGAAUGCAAUAUUUAUAGGUGCAAUGCUUGCACAGUGUCUAAUAAUGAAAAUUCGCCAGGAAAUGCGCCAGGCGAGGGUAAAAGCUUCUUCAGAAGCGAAUCCGAAAUGGCAAGCCAUGUGAGAAAUGUUCAUGCACCUCCUACAGUUUCUAACAACAAUCCUGUCGUUACAAGCCCGGCCUCCACUCCGGGAAUAACUGGAAAUUCAGGACCAAGAUGCGUUUUCUGUGGAACUUACUGCAGUUCUGAGCUGGAACUACAACUCCACUUGGCUAGCCACUCUGCUAAUUUAUACAGGUGCCCAAUUUGUAGAGAGGGAUUUGCUGUGGAGUUUUUACUAGACAGGCAUAUUGCUCAAGUGCAUCAUUCUAGUGAUCAUCAAGGUGCUAUAAGGAAUAAUUCUCGGGAGAAUGGAAGGAUUGAUAGACUACCCAGAUUACAGGAAGAAGGCAAAUCUCAAAAGAGAGGCCGCUCUCCAGCCUCCAGUAACAACAAUUCUCUGAACCAGCGCGAUAACAAUAAUAAACGUCCACAUUACUCAAAUCCAUCUGCUCAGCAGUGUGAUCUCUGUGAAAGGGGAGAGUUUUCCAACGAGGCCGAACUGCAAGCCCACAAGAAACUUGCUCACACUCCAUCCAAGCUUCCAAACAAGUCCAUAUCGAAUCUCAGCAUGUCUUGCGCAUAUUGCGGGGAAGUAUGCCGUUCUAGAACUGACCUGGAGUCCCACACAAGGAUUCAACAUGCAUCGAAUGAACCUGGUGGUCGGCACAAGUGUAACAUAUGCGACGAAGUCUGUCCAUCAGGGGCAACUCUUGCAGAACAUAAAUUGCAGAAACACUGCAAGAUUCAAUUAAGCGACACAUGCAUCGUUUGUCGAGGAAAUCUAGCUUCGGAGUCACAGUUUCUGGAACAUGUGCAAAGACAUAGCCUAGAGAACGUGGAUCCUCAGCAAAGAUUAGAUGGUUCUCUUCCCCAUCUCCCUGCAGCUUGUGUAGUUUGUAGACAGACAUUGAUCAGUGAUUUGGAGUGUCGUCUUCACGCCAGACACCACUUAAGAGCUUCUACUGGUUCUCACAGUGUAACAUCCAGCCCCAGCCCCAACCAAAAGAACCAGAAUCCUAGCUGUUGCCUUUGUUUAAGAGAUUAUUUAGCUGAUGACUUUGUCAAUUUGCCUCCAAGUCAUAUAAGCGGUGGAGGACAGUCUUUAAGGGUCUGCAAGUCAUGCUACAUUCGUCACUCUCAGGGUUUACCUAUCUUGAAUUCACCUUAUGAGCCUGCUAGAUCUAAAUGUGACGGUACUUGGACAUCCAAUAACAAAGAUGGACAAUGGGAUGGAUCAAGGGAUACAUGGGAGUCAGAGAACAGAUUUAAGGAAGACAGAAACGAGAUGUCGUUGCCAACAGAAGCAAAAAUUCAACAGCAUAUAAAGAAGGAACAGCUGGAGAUGUCGGGAAAGACUUCCAUAGAGGCGUUACGAUGUCAUCUGUGUCUUUUUGAAGCUAGCAGUCCCUUACAAUUGCAAAGCCAUUUGAUAGAGCACACUUUUGCAGGAUGUGCCGCUCUCAGCUGUUACAUUUGUCAGUCUCUCUUCACAGCUCCUAUCGGCCUCCAGAGCCAUAUGCUUCAAGAGCAUGGCCUGGGUGCUCGUCCCUACGAUUGUUCUCAGUGCACGCUCAAGUUCUUCUUCAGAGCAGAAUUGGACCAUCACAUGCUAACAUUUCAUCGACCUGGGGAUGCGUGUUCACCGGAUGACAAGGCAGAAAAUACUGGAGAAACGAAAGCAAGAGACGCUGAGGAAAGAAACUGCGGUGAAGAAAUAACCAUAAAGGAAGAAAUAGUUUCAGAAAUAGUUGCAGACGAAGAAGAAGAAAUCAACGUGGACGAACAAGUGGAAGAGAGCGAUCAAAAGGCGAACAAGGAAACAGAAAUUGAGACGAAAUUGAAAACUGAACUUGUGGAGGAAUCUGUUCCAGAAAAGAUGAAAUCGUGAUCGUUAUUCGUUAAUCGAGGAAGUAAAACGUUUAAAUAAUUAUCUUGAGAUUAGUCCAGUACGAGAGUAAACAACGACGAGAUUACCAACGUACUCUUGGACUAAAUCAGAUUUUGUAUUAAUUUUACUUUUAAUAGGCAGAGUGAUAAGAUGUUGAUUUAUUCGUUUGGGUAAUUUAUUAUUUCUUUUAUUAUACAGUUAAAUUUUAUUAAUUUAGAGUUACUAGUUAGUAGUUGGUAGUUAAUAAAAUUUCAUUCCGAUGCUGUAUGAAAAAUUACUGCGAGGAAUAUUACAUUUGGGAUUAUGUUUAAUUAACAUAUUUUUGCAAGAAUGUUCUAUAUUUACAUAGUUCACGUGAAUUUUUAUUGUAUCAAUAAUUGAUCUUCAGGAUAAUUAUAGAUUAUGGAAGAUUGUUAUUAUUCCAAGAUUAUUUUAUGCGUUAAAACAAGAUUGUAAGCCUAAUUUUAUUUUAUGGUACAGCAUACUUUGCAAUUCAAUUUAUUAUUAUAUAUUAUGUUAAAUAAUUUAUAUAAUAGCUUUAAAAAAUCUGGAAUGUGGAUAAUAUUUUACAUUAUAUUUUGUUAUUUUAGACUUUAGAUAUUCGUGAACUUUACGUUGUCAAUAUGUAAUUUUAUUUUGUGUUAAAUUUUUACUAUAAGUCGCAGCGUUGAAUUUCAUCGUCUAACAAGUAUUGGAGUUGAUAUUGCAUAAUAUGAUACUCCUUACGUAGGAAGUGUAUAUUCUACAAUCAACUUGGACGAACUUUGUAACAUAAAGGCAACGUUAUUUCUUAUUAAAGGAAUGAAAAAGAUAAAAAGAGCGUCUAUUUGCAGAUGCAACUUGUAAAUACGUUGAAUAAUAUUAGAAUGUAUUGUUAGUCAGCGUUUUAUUGACUUUGGUCAAUACCAUAAGCGACGAUUAUUGUUUAAAGUAAGCAGAAUGCAAUAAAUUGUCCACUAGGCUUAGUUAGUCGAUAAGAUAGUUCUUUACAAAAUAAAUUAUUGUUCUAAAUCAA